GCCGGCGGCGGGGGCUAUAAAAGGAUAGGUGCUGGGCAGCCAACAGCCAAGCUAAAGCAGACACUUGCUUCCUCAAUUCUUCCCAAAGAAAGGCAUUGUCCAGAAACAUGGCUCUCCUCAGGAUCUCCGCUUUCCUUGUGGUUUACGCCGUUUUUACAUGUCAGAUAAACCGCUCCCACGCAGUCCCUGUCAGAGCGAUGCUGGAGUCAUCGGCGGACAGGGUGGCGCUGAAUGACUACGAGAUCCGACGACUUCUGAAUGCGCUGGUGAAGGAGUUCAUGCAGAUGAUGGCGGAGGAACUGGAGCAACAAGUGCCUGCUGCCAACAGCUUGGAUAGUCCCAUUGUCAAACGGUGCACGAGUCUGAGCACUUGUGUGGUGGGGAAAUUGUCCCAGGAAUUGCAUAAAUUGCAAACCAUCCAGCGUACGGACGUGGGGGCGGCGACUCCCGGCAAGAAAAGAACCAUUCCCACCCGGCUGGAAAACGAACUCUAUGCAGCAUACGGAGAGGCAUUUGAAAGCGCCUGAUCGAUUCUUGUGAUGCAUGGAUCUCAAAUGCUUGAGCGAUAGAGAGCCCGACUAAGCGCUUUGUUUUGUUUCGACUCGGUUUGUGACAAGGAAUGCUAGACCUGGACAUGCAUCUUAAUAAAUAAUUACUUUUGCUUCAAAGUUGAUUUUCUCAUUAUAUAGUUUGAUCAUCCUUCGUGUCUAUGCAGUGUGCCGUUAAAUUGAAUGCUUUUCGUUUGUGCAUGCAAUUUGUUCAAUAAACUUAUUUUUCUACCAGAAAUUAUGUUUUUUUUGCGACGGAGGGAUUUUAGCUGCUAAGAUGUUUGAUGUUUCAUUGAACAAUUUAAUAAGCAGUCUAACAAAUGCCCAGUAAAUUACUUUAGAAAAACGCCAAUACGCUUCUUAAUUUAUAUUUAAAUAUCAUGUUUAAUUGCAGCCAAAUGACACGAAUAAAACAAGCCCAGUGACAAUUAGUUGUCACUUCAAAAAAUGAUUUUAUUUCUCAGCUAAAUUAUGCGAUUUUGAUGUCGGGUCUUAGAUAGUGUAGCGUUAACACAGUGUCGUUGUAAGUUAUGUGUCGUAUU